AUGGAUACAACAAUGUCAGGCAUGGCUAAAUUGGCUAAUAAACUUGGUUAUGCUUGGUGCGGAGGGUGUAGAUCCGAAGCUGUAGGAGAAGAUUUUAGGAGAGAUGGCGACAAGUGGGUCGCCGAUAAAAGUGGGCGUUGUGAAGGUUACAUGAGCGAUAAACGUUUAAGCAUGGUGUAUGAUGAUUGGAGCUUUGUGAUUAAGGAUAUCACAUAUGGAAAGGCUGUAGAUCAAGACAUAACGACGGAUAGCAUAGACUCUGGAACAGUAUAUAACAAUCACCCAACAGCUGACACAGAGUCCGUAACACGAUCUUACACUAGUUAUCGUAGAGUCACACACACAACAACCAGUUCCUGGAAAAAUAGUCACGAGCUCAAUGUCCAAGUUACUUUCACACCGUUCGAUUUAGGAGGAGGGUUAGCCUCAUACAAAUUUAACUAUGAAACAAGCGUAACCACGUUCGAUGCUAAUUGGACAAUAUUGAUGUACACUACAAAAACCUCUAUAAACUACACUGCUACUAUAAUUCCAAAGUUUUCUAUAGAUCUUCAGGGUUUUCUACGUUGGGGAGGGGGAGCAGAAAAUACGUAUACAAAUUACCAUUAUCAGCAUCGCGGUAGUGAAGCUCGUCCAACUUUGAACUACAAAUUUGGAGAUCAUGAUGUACCUUUCUACAAAGCACUGAAGCGUCAGAGUGUGGCCGGCUCUUUGCCGUGGCUGUGGAACGACUUAACAAACGCAUACACAGACGUGGAAUAUUUAAUCAACAGCUUAUGCAAUGAAAAUCAAUACACAUUCACAAUUACCGGCAGAUUUGAUGACGUAAUUGGCAAGAAUGUUGAAGUUAAAUGGGGCGCUCCUACAAGGCGGAAGAGAUAG